UCAGGCAGGGUGCGGUCUGCUGUGGUUGUAUGAAUUGGAAAGUCUGAGCUCACACUUCUAGUGGAGUUCGAUUUGAGCUGUGUUUUUUCUUACGAGCCGGGAAAAGUCUUUGCAAAGUUCAGCUACGUGACUGGAAAAUGGCAUCGAAAGGAAAGACUACAAGGGGCACUAUUAAGGACUAUCCAAAUUUUGAUGCAAAUCAUGAUGCCGAGGUGCUUAGAAAAGCAAUGAAAGGACUGGGUACUGAUGAAAGUGCUAUUCUUCACAUCCUAACGACUAGAUGUAGUGCCCAGCGAAUGAAAAUCAACCUUCAAUACAAAACUCUGUUUGGCAGGGAUCUAGUUGAGGAUCUAAAAUCUGAAUUGGGUGGCAAGUUUGAAAAGCUGAUUGUUGGCCUGAUGAAGACUCCUCUACAAUAUGAUGUUUCUGAAUUGCACAAUGCACUUAAGGGUGCGGGAACUGAUGAAAAGUGCUUGAUUGAAAUUCUUGCCUCAAGAACCAGUGAGGAAAUUAGAGCAAUCGUUAAGGCAUACAAGGAAGAAUAUGGCAAAGAUUUGGAAGAAAGUAUUGUUAGUGACACAUCUGGUCAUUUCCAAAGGAUUUUGGUGAUUCUUCUACAGGCCAAUAGAGAUGAGAGCACAGUGUAUGAUGAUGCAGCAGUGAAAAAAGAUGCACAGGAACUGUUUCAAGCUGGCGAAUUGAAAUGUGGCACUGAUGAAUCAACAUUCCUUACUAUCAUCGGGACCAGAAGUGUUCCUUACCUUCGGCAAGUUUUUUCUGAGUACAUGAGAAUCUCAGGCUAUCAGAUCGAAGAAAGCAUUUCUUCGGAGACAUCUGGAAGUCUAAGGACUACAUUGCUCGCAGUUGUGAAGUGUAUAAGAAGUGUUCCUGAGUAUUUUGCUACAGCACUAUACGAUGCCAUGCAGGGAGCUGGUACAGAUGAUGAUACGCUUAUCAGGAUAAUGAUUUCAAGGAGUGAAGUCGAUUUGCUUGACAUCCGUGAGAAGUUCUAUGCCACCUAUGGAAAGACUGUUUCCAGUAUGAUCAAGGAAUGCUCGUUUGAGAAGCAAUCUGAUAAUUCAGCAGAAAUGGAAGGGUGGAUUGAUGUGGUUUUAUUGCUCUGUGCUUUAAAUCUAUCACUUUCACUCUCUUCUAAUAAAAGCAACUCUUGA